AUUUUCCAUCAAAACUGGGCAAGUAUUUUUCGUAUUCUUGAAAAGAUUUAUAUUUCCUAGUUAUAUCCAUUUUAAUUUACAUGUCAAUUCGUGCGGUAGACUAAUCGUUCUGGAUACUCUGUGAAGUCUAGAAGCACCACCCACAGUUCAGUAACUUUUACUGCUGGUGGGGGUGGUGCUAAUAUACAUACUUCCUGUUUUCACUUAUCGUCGGAGUGGUAGGAAGCACGAAACGCCAGCAUUUUCGAAAAAGGAAAAAAUUAACAUCUGGCGAGUAGCGCAAAAUGGGCAACCCAAGCUUGACAUAUGAGAUUUUACUCUACUUGAACUCAUUCUACUUCGGGAUGUUUGCAGCAUGCGAGCUGGGAAUGAUGUCCCUCAAGGCAGUGAGUCUACCUUAUCCACAAGCGAGUCUAAUGAGAGAUACAUGCGUGCUGAUCUCACUUUGCCUGAUCGAGACCGUACGAGUUGUUCUCGGUCGGAGGGGCACCCUCAGUGACCAUGGAUGGCAGGUCAUAUUAUCUGUUUUUUUGACGAUUCCUUCCGGAUUAGGAAUAAGUUAUCUCUUGCUUUAUCAAUUCAAAUUGUUCCGCCUCGAAUUUAUCCUAUGUGCCUUAAUGUUAACUUUACAGACAACAGAGCUGCUGUUUGCGUUACUGUUCGUAUUCACACUCUGCCGUCCAGUCUCGUACGAUUAGGCUCGCUGUCUGUCUUGAGUUACUCGAAUUGGUUUCAAAUACAAGCAUAUUGAUACAAAUCAAUGUUGCUGCGAAAACAGUAAACCUCAAUCAAUCCUCAAAAAAAUCUGCAAUACAGGACGUUGGAAUAUCAUCGCGAUCCAUUGAUAGUUGACCUUAUGUAUCAAUCAGCAUAACGAUACUUCACUAGAAGUUCGUCAUUCAGCAGACAAUGCCAGCUCAAAAUUGAGAUCGAACUCGUCGCGAACCAUAUUAUCGAAUUAAUUAACUCCCUCGGAAGGCACAGUAGACAGGUGUUGUAUCGUUAACGCACCUUUUCCGACUGAUACUACACUCAAGCUUCACAUGGUUUGGAUAGUUCAGUUGUUUUAAAAAAUAUCAAUUUGUAGAUUUUAUAAGUUAUUUAUUUGUAGCUCGUAGGUAAUCGAUCUGUAACAAUUUAAUUGCACUACAGUUAGUACGCGUGUUUUAAAAAUUUGUAAAGCUAGUCACUCGACCAAAGAUGAUUUUUUUGUAACAACAUUUCAAUUGUCCUAGUUUAGAAACACAAACUUUUGAACUAGGAUAUAUAAAUAAAAAAACGGGUUUAUGAACCUUUGAUAAAAGAUGUAUAACAGCUGUGACAAAAGUAAAACAUUUUUCAACGUUUGAAGGAAAGUUCUUUUACAAUUGAAAAAAAAAUAGGAUUAAAGGUAGUUAAUUGAAAAAGUAAUCGAAAACUGCAAUAUAUUCUGAACAUGUUUUAGACAAUUUACACCGAACAAAAAAAUAAUUAAAUGUUUAACAAAAACGAACAUUUCACAUGCCAUCUAUUCCUAACUAUUGAUAUAAAUUUAGGUAGCAAUACUCCGUGUUAUGAAAAAUCCAUAACAUAAAAACUGUUUAGACGAAUCAAACACUCAAACUACCAGCCUUCCAACGCAAUUAACGUAGAAUUUUCAUCAUAUUUUGCGGUAUCUGUGUCGGUAGUUGCUAGAAGAGAAGUUUUCUGAAUUACCAUUUACGCGUUUUUCCCUUUUCUACCUUUAAUAUACGACACCCAUCGCCAUGGCAGCCCGUAGACAUUUUUAAGACAAGCAAGUGAUGUUUUGUUAUAACCUUCAACAAAAGACUUUUCAAUAAAAAAUAUCUAUGCCGAAAAGA